AUGGUCAAGGAUACCGAGUAUUAUGACGUGCUCGGAGUCAGCCCCGAUGCCAAGGACAUUGAUAUCAAGAAGGCAUACAGAAAGAAGGCUAUGCUCACACAUCCUGACAAGAAUCCUAAUGACUCCGAAGCGGCAAAAAAGUUCCAGAUCAUUGGAGAAGCAUACCAGGUCUUGAAAGAUCCUCAACUGAGAAAGAACUACGAUGAAUUUGGCAAAGAACAAGCCGUACCAGAACAAGGAUUCGAAGACCCGGGAGAGAUGUUCAGUAGCAUCUUUGGUGGCGAAUCGUUUAAAGACUGGAUAGGCGAAUUGUCAAUGAUGAAGGAUCUUACCAGAACAACUGAAGUUUUGGAGAAAUUGGACAUUGAUGAGGAAACAGUUCCGGAAACCACUGACGUAUCUCACCCCAACUCUGAAACCUCCGAGGCCAAACCGACCCUUACGGAGAAGGAUCGUAAGAAGAAGGUAACUGCCAAACAAAGGGAGGAAUUACUCAAGCUAAGGGAUGAGCAGAGGGAGGAGCAAAAGAAGAGAGUGGAAGAGCUAUCUGAAAAACUGGUGAACAAGAUCAAUUUGCUGGUUGAUACCACGCAAGAGUCAGAGAUCAAACCUGAGAGCAUCCAGAACUUCAAAGAUAAAGUUCUCAAUAAAGAAAUCGAAGAUAUGAAAAUUGAAUCAUUUGGUCUAGAAAUGCUCCAUCUGAUCGGAAAGAUUUAUAUUUUUCAAUCGACAUCAUUUAUCAAGGCACAAAAACCAAUCAUGGGUAAAUUUUCCAAAGUCUUCUCUUCGGUUAAGCAGAAGCAUAAUUCGGCAAAGAGUCUGUUUGGUAUGCUUUCAAGUGCAGUAGAUGCUCAAACUACAAUGGAAGAAAUUUCCAAGAUGCAGGAGAAGUCAGGCUCUCUCGAUGAAUAUACAAAGGCAGAAAUGGACCGACUGAUGACUGGUAAAGCUCUCCAUACUGCUUGGGUUUCAUCGAAGUAUGAAAUUCAGAACACUUUGAAGAAAGUGUGUGCAAAUAUUUUGCACGAUAAGGCUGUAAACCUUCCAGUUCGUGUCAUGAGAGCUAAGGCCCUUUUGAUCAUAGGAAACGAGUUUCUUAAUGCUAAGCGCUCUCCUGAUGAAGAAGAAGAUGCUCGUGUAUUUGAAGAGUUAGUAAACGAAGCUAAGGGUGUUAGGGUAAAGGAUCUUAGAAACCCCAAAAGACACAACCCUAUCACUGUUGAUGUGCACGAGAACGUAAACGGUAAAGAAUAA